CUGUGUUUGAUUGACGGCUCCAUAUUUUGUGCAGGGUCUAUUUUUUUUUUCUCCGCAUGCUACUCGAGAAAGAGGAAAACAACAGAACAGAGUGAUUUCGUGAGAGGGGGAAACUGCAAGCCGAAAUAACAAAGACGGAAGAAAAGUGAGAGAUAAAGAGAAUAUUGGGGACGAGACAAAGGACGGGAGUGGAAAAUUAAAGCCUGGCAAAGACUUGUUGUGAUUUUGCACAUUUAGUCAACUCUCAAAUAUCGUUUCAGUUGUUUCUGCAGGGACGAAGCAAGGACUUAUAAUGACGACCGAAUUGCAAGAGAUUGCCAUCAUGGAGGACAAGCCUUUACUUACGGGUCAAACAGACAGCGUGAAGGAGGCUGAGAUCGCAGCCAGAAUAUUGUUGGACCGGGGUCAGGAGUACAAUAUUGAGACCCCGCAUGGUUUGGUGCAUGUGACGCUGCACGGCACAGGAAGUACCCGUCGGCCAGCUAUACUGACCUAUCAUGAUGUUGGAAUGGACAGUAAGAGCUGCUUCUCUACUUUCUUCAAAUUUGAGGAGAUGCAGGAGAUUGUGAAGAACUUCACAGUGGUUCAUGUAGACGCCCCAGGACAAGAGGAGGGAGCUGCGCCCUAUCCUUCUGGGUAUCAUUAUUUUUCCAUGGAUCAGCUUGCAGAAAUGAUCCCAUCAGUCAUACAGUUUUUCAAUUUCCGUACUGUGAUCGGAGUUGGAGUUGGAGCAGGGGCCUAUGUCCUUUCAAAGUUCACACUUAAAAAUCCAGACUCUGUGGAAGGUCUUGUUCUGAUAAAUAUUGACCCGAACGCUCGCGGCUGGAUAGACUGGGCCGCCCAAAAGCUCAGCACACUGACUUCCUCACUUGCCGAUCAGCUCCUUGGUCACCUCUUCAGUCAGGAGGAGACUUCGUCCAACACUGAGCUUGUUCAGGCACACAGAGAGAGAAUCUCAACAGCCUCCAACCUGGUGAACAUCGACCUCUUCUGGAAGAGCUACAACAAUCGCAGGGAUCUGAACAUCGACCGUAGCAGCACUCUCAAAUGUCCCGUCAUGCUGGUGGUAGGGGACCAGGCACCAUAUGAAGAAGCUGCAGUGGAGUGCAACAGCAAACUGGACCCAACUACAACCUCAUUCCUGAAGAUGGCUGAUGCUGGCGGGAUGCCACAACUCACUCAACCCAGCAAGCUGACUGAAGCAUUCAAAUACUUCAUCCAGGGAAUGGGAUACAUGGCAUCCUCCUGCAUGACCCGUCUCUCCCGCUCUCGCACCACCUCUCUCUCUUCAUCCUACUCCCUGGAGGGCUCUCGCUCAAGAUCACGCACCCUCUCCCAGGGCUCCGUAGGUGGAAACAUGCCCCCUACCUCCUCCAACACAAUGGAGGUGUCCUGCUGAAGAGCAAGAGAAAGAGAACAAGAGAGAGAGAGGUGGAUGGAUGGAUGGAUAGAUGGAUAAGCCACUACUGUUGAGAGGGUCAUAACAAUCAGUCAUAUCCAUUCAUCAAAGUGUAACGCAAGAAAGGAAGAGAGACAUAAAGAGAGAGAGAGAGAGAGAUACUCCUCUUACCAAACUAAAUCUCAUUCUCAUGUAUAAUUCGCUCAUCCCGUACUUGGGGGAAGUGAGAGAUUCUUAAGGGAAGCGAGCUGGAAACAAGUGACAUGGGGAGAGAGGGAGAAAAAAAAUCCACCCCUUUAUCUCUCCAUCCCUCUGUCAACUUAACAUCUGUGGUGCAGGUAGGGGCCUGUAGAGAGACCCAAGAUGUAGUGAUAACCAAUAGUAAUACUUCUAAUAUAGAAUAUUAAUUAUGAUUAUCUAUAAAUAAUGACAGUAAUGUAAUUAAAAACAGUUCACUUAAUUACAUGUUGAAAAAUAGAGGAAAAAAAAAACACAAUAGAGUAGCAAUACUCAUCAUGUGUCUGUUGAGUUCUUUUGGUAUACUAUUUGGUGUGUUUGGAGUGGGUUUUUUUUAAAUGAAUUUAUUUAAAAAAGGUGUUCGAUAAAUACCAAUGUCUUUCGGUGGCAGCCAGCUCAUGUCUUCCAUUUGACUUAUUUGAAAACAAUAAUAAGUGGGGAAAUGGUAAAUAUGGGAAACUGUGUGUGGAAAUGAAAGAUUGAGACAUUCGUAUGUUUGACUGCUCCAAACUGCAUGGUAGAGUUGUUACAUUUUUUUUUUUGAUGAUGAUGAUGGCAAUGAUGUGAGAGUAUAUGGAUUAUGGAGAUGCUGAAUUAUACAAAGACAAAAGAGCAAAACAGACAAAACAGAUGAAGUUUUAAGCUUCUGCUACCUGGAUUUUUUUUUUUUUUUUUUUUUUUUUUUUUUUUUUUAAAAACACCAGCAGUAUUGGUUUUAUUUUAGUAUGGCUGUAUCCCAAAUGCUGAGUGUUUGACAAAAUUCAUUCAACCAAGUAACAGGUUUGAAAAUAAUAACUUGAGGCUGAUGUAAGAUCUACAUACAUCAGCACACUUUGUUGAAGCCUAACAAUUCUAGCUGCACUUUUUAAAAAAAAAUAUAUAUAUAUAUAUGCAUAUGCCCCAGUGCACUUCCAGUUCCAGAGAAAACACAAUGGCCCUUAUUCAGCAAAGUUGCAUAAAAUCAAGCGCAGAUUUGGAUGCAUGGAAUGACAUAGGAAUAAAUCUGCAUCUGAUUCAUGAAACUCUUAUGAAUGGCGAUAUGAACGCAAUAGAUGAAUCAGCUUCAUCUGCGUGGAUGCAAGUUCCUCCUGACUAAUCCCUUAUUUACAUGCCCUUGUAUUCCUGCUAACUAAUCCCUUAUUUACAUGUCCUAUGCAUAUGGCAUUUCCCAAUAUACCCUCUUAAUAUUAAGCUGUUUAAGGUCACAAUCAGGUAGAAAUUGUUUAUAGGUUAGUUUUUUAUUCAUUUUAGAACUCGAAUAGUUCAGAUUUAACUGAAAUCUGGUUUUUUUUUUUGUUGUUGUUAAUUAAAGCUGUAUAUAUAAAUAUAGGUGAGCCAGGUUUCUCAAACAAAUCAAAUCCUUAGUUCAUAUAAACAAAACAUAGACAUAAAUGAAGCAGUGAAAAUCAGACUACUGAAAUUAACAAUUCAUGUCUAGUAAUUUUUUUUAAGUGUUUUUUUGGAUUUGAAAUUUUUUAAGUGUUGAUAUGAAAUUAAUAUAAUUACUUCAUAAAAGCAAUAUCUAAGGGUCUUUGAAUUAGCCAGGGUCUGUGUUUCCAAAACUACACAUGCUUCAUGAUGCCUCUUGUACACAAUGCAUUACCGUUACUCAAAUGAAGGAUUAAUGAGCUGAUAAAGAUCAACGUCUGCCCCUUUGAGUUACUUUUACAAAUUACAGGUUGACACUAAGCCCCGUUAGCUGUAUUUUAGUACGAGGUUUCCGCACGCACAAUUGUGAUUAUCAGCAUCAUUUGCUAUGUUAAUACUGCUCUACUUAUAGUAUUGAUGAUACUAACAUUGGUUUUCCUUAUUUAAUUGUAAAUCAAGCAUUUUUCAGGUUGUACAAAUUUUACGCUAAUUUACACGCACUCUGUCCAGACGUGUUUCAUACUAAUACGCCAAAGAUGAAACCAACAAAUAAGGAAAGUAGUGUAGUCAUUUUCGUGUGCUCAUUUUACAGUCAUAUUUGACUAUAUGUAACUUUGAUGAAUAAGGGCCAGUGUGAACAUUGGAAAAUAAUGACUAUCCUGAAAUUUGGAUAGAAUUAAUGGUCUUAAAAUGUUUGAUGUUAUAGUUAGAGCACUAACUGUGCUAGAAUGUAGACAUACAUUCUAGCAUUUGGGACAAAGGUACAGUUUCUCAAAUAAAAUGUUGGAAAACAUUUGAUAUAGGCUUUUUUUUUUUUUCUCUUUCUGUUUGGCUGGCUCUCUAGCUUAGCUAAGUUAUUAGUUUCAUGAAUUAAUAAUAGCCCCCUCUAACAAAACGAUGAUGAUUUUGAUAAUGAUGAUCUGCCAGCAAAUCCACUGCCACCAGACUGUUACUACUAACAUCAAAUGACGAUAAGCUGAAUUUGAAGUACUUUAACCACUAAGCUUUUCAAGCUAAUCCUCAGUCAAGUAUAAACAUCUGUUGUAUGAUGUCUUUGUGUGCUCAAUUAGACACACUUUACAUAAUUCCUGAUCCAGCAAAGAAAUCAAUCGUUCAGUCUCAAAUCUGAAGUUGCUUGUUAACAACGGCAUUCGCUGCCAACACAUUAGUUAACUAGCUCUUACCUAAAUGCCUCUAGAGGUUCAGAGGAACUGCCUAGCUAAAUUUAACCCAUUAUAACAAAAAAAAAAAAAAAAUAGCCAUAUCUUUAUCAAGAGAGCCAAAUCACGAGCCAAUACAAAUCAGACCAGCGCUGUUUUUUUUUUUUUUUUUUUUUUCAUUUGCAACACUCUGUGUUGUAGAAGCCAUGAUAAUCAGCACAGCACUGCCCUGAAAUACCAAAUCAUUAGAUAAUUCUCUGUUGACAUGACACAGAAUCCCGUCAAGAGUUUGCUACGUGUAUUUGAUAGGCUACAUUUGUGUACUUGUCCAGCCAAAUCACACUUAAACUUAUGGCCUCGGUUCCAAUACUGUUUUUAGCACAUCCUUGGCAACUUCAUUAGUUCGUCCGCAUUUGCCUUGAGGGAAUUCCUAGCUUAACGCUAAUUCAGAAACUUAAAGGGAAAAAAAAAAAACAACAACCCUGACCUGUUGGUGUUAAAUCUGUUGUCAUAUUGAACGCCACUGCUAGCAGUGUCCCCCCUCGUGACAUCAGCAUGGCACACAAUCACUAUCUUCUCAUAGGAAUAAGAAAUAUAUACACCCAAAUUAGGACCAGGACCUCUAAGCACGCUACAAAUAGUACAAUAUAAAGAUAUUAACUGUGUUUCAGGGUGGAGUAUUCCUUUAAUUAGCUAGAGUGAAGUUUGUUGUAUGGAGGUCCAAGUGACUGAGUCAGCGUAACUGCAGAGUUGCUUUCAGACUGGGUUUUAUAUAAAAGUAAAUAAAGCACCUGUUCCUCCCUCUUCCCCUUGUGCUGCAAGUGGUCAGCGGUGCCGUCGCUUCCGAGUUGUGAGGGAUCGUCAAAAACAGUAUUGUAACACAAGGAUGGAAUUUGUGUUAAGCUUUUGUUGAGAUUAGCGUUGAAAGUUGGAGCAGAAGAACAUUAGUUGCUGAAAUGUAUAGAAAUGGCACAUGGUAUCGUUCAGUCUAUUGCUAAUGGAGGAAUAUAGGUACAGGUGUUUGAUACAGAACAAAUGCUUUGCAUUGCUGGAUAAAGGCUUUACCAAAAAGAGUAAAGGGAAAUAUCUGAUAUAGUUUACUCUGGGGGGUUUAAAAAGGGGAAAAAAACAAAUCGGAAGCGUCAGUGUUUGGGCCGGAGCCGUGUGAUUGCUCUUCCACUUUAAUUUGUUUAUAUUUUACUUUAUUUCUUCAAUCAUACCCUUUUUAAUGUUCAAUCCUCCCCGUGUUUCCUGUUGUACUAGGUUACUGUCUCACUGUUCUCACAGGUUAGACAUCAGUGUACUAGUUCUUGUGUAAGCUUUUUUAGCAUUAGAAUGUAAAAAAGGGGGAAUUAACAUUAUUAACAAAAAAAAAUGUGUAACAAAAUACAAUCCAAGUUUCUUGUGUGGCUAAUUCUGUGUAAUGCUAUGAACAACCGAAAAAAAGGUAUUAAUAAAAAGGAAGUAAACCA